AUACAAUUUCAUUCGUUCUGGUUAGUUGAUGUUCGUUCGCCGGUACAUUCGGAUCGUCCAGAAGUUCAUGUAAUAUUUUGUCGCCAGCAAAAGAGUGUACACAAAUAAACCGAUACCUUUUUUGUGUGUGUUAUAGAUGUGCAUUGUCUACUCGCAAUAAUUCAUUCAUAAGUUUAAUGGGUGUAGAGUUUUGAUUCAAUGUUGUUGUUUUUGUUAUUGGCUAGACGCGCGGUAUAGUGUGCCCGUACAAAGAGAGAAAGAUUUCAGUGGUUUAUUAACGCAGUUAAAUGAUAACAUCGCCGGUUUAUAUUUAAUGGAAAUAUUACACGUUAAUUAAAAAGCAAAAAAAUGAUGUGAAUCGGAGUGUCGGAAAGAGAAAAAAAUAUUUUCAAACUUUUUUGGUGGUUUUUUUGAUUGACAUGGAUAUCAGUUGUUGAGAUGAUGCAUAGAUUGGUGUGAAUUACAGUUAAAGAUUCGAAAUAUAUACUCAGUUGUUCUGCUGUAGUCUUGGAUAAAUACGACAAUGAUCACUACUGUUGGAUUGUUCCGAAUUAUCGGGAUACUGUCUGUCUUUUUGCUAUCUGCUAAUUGCGAGACUCGUUUCAUUAUUUUAACAACCAAACUAAGCUCGGCCAUAAGUACAUCAACAAGCAGAAAAACAGGUCACAUAGAUUGUCGAGCGAUAUCUCUCAAGGAACUGAAGCACACUUGGCCUCAUAAUGGAUCAUUAGUUUGGAAUGACCUUCGCAUUCAGUCGCAUGGAUCAAAUCUUUUCAUAAAAGAUCUGAAUCAAACGUUCCACAACAGCAGCUUCAAAUGUAUCGUACAGUGCAACGUUAAUCCGCCAGACCAUCACACACCGAACAAUGAAUUGAUGGACGUGAAAUGGAUCUCAUCAACUUCGGUACACCGUAGAACUUCAAUGAAAUCGUCCAACAUUGUUACAAUGACCUGCCACACAAAACAUUCGAAGAAUGCUCAGUUUCAGUGGUUCAAGGAUUUCGUUAAGAUUGAGCCGAAUGAACGAAUCACCGUUGAUGGACACCACAUCAUAAUUCGCAACUCAUCAUCCCUGGACAACGGCCUAUAUAGCUGUAGAUUCCGUCAGACCUUGGGAAAUAGCAAAUUGAUCGAAAGGAAUUUUCAGUUGAACGUUGAUGUCGAUCAGUCGAUACAUUCCGGUGAUUUACUUGAUCGAAUCGUUAAGACACCAUCCGGUUGCUGCCGAAAUGGAAUUAUUGAAAUGCAUAAGGAGGACCGGUCAAGUGGAUUGUAUUUAUGCCGCAAGAAGCGAAGCGACCGAACGCAGGAAUUCAUCAGUGAUAAUAUCGCACCCGAAAAUAUGUCCAAGCAGUCUGAGACUACGGUUACGAUCGAUGAAAAUGAGAGCGUCACGUUGGGAUGCGACAUAGGCAAGGGCAAGAAAACUCCAUCUGUAAUCAAAUGGAAGAAGGACGGAAAACCCUUCCGGCAAAUUGAUAUAAAUUCGCCGGCGUCGAUUGGAACCGAAUCUGGUAACAUGGAAAGUAGUCCUCAGCGGGACGAUGCUCGGAUCUCAAUCAACCGGAAAAACGGUUCCUUAACGUUCGCAGCAGUGAUCUCAAGCGAUCAUGGAAUCUACGAAUGCAACACCUUCCACGAAAAUGAUAAUCCAAUCAGUUCAAGGAAAACGAAUCUGACUGUCAUUGAAGUGCUCAAGUUUGUGCCUCAACCGACUUCAAAGAAUUUGGAAAUGGGAACCCUUGGAAAGGUUCACUGCAAAGUGCAAGGGACGCCAACACCGCAAGUCAAGUGGACCAAGGAAAAUUCGGAGAGUCUUCCGAGCAACCUCGCUGAUGUGAAUGGCACGUUGAUUUUCAAGAACGUUACCAUCGACGAUAAGGGAAAUUACACCUGCGUCGCCUCAAAUACUCAAGGAACUAUCAAGGCAACAGUAUCAAUCGCAGCUGUUGUUACACCCAAAUUUCUGGUCGCACCAAAAGGUCCGAUCCAGGCGUACGAGAUGAAUUCUGUCAUGAUUCAUUGUCAGGCUACCGGCGAUCCCAUGCCGACCAUCCAGUGGGACAAAGAUCUGGAGUACAUUGUCAACAACGAUUCGGACUCGUCUCGGUUCCAUAUUUUGGAAAACGGAACGCUACACAUCGUAGAGAUUCAUUUGGACGAUGAGGGAGCGUACGGGUGUACGAUAGGAAGCAGUGCCGGUCUGAAGCGUGAGGAAAUUCGAUUGAAUGUCAAAGCCGCUGAUGAGUUCACUGCCGAAGAAAGUGGAGAUGGCUUUAUGAUCACACGAGCUGUAUUGAUAACAAUGUCGGUGGCUUUUGCGUACAUAAUAUUGGUCGUUGGACUAAUGUUGUGGUGCCGCUAUCGACGUCAAGCACGGAAGGCUCGUCUGAAUGAGAUGGACAAGGAAAUGAUUGAGAAUGGAAACGGUGAAAUUCACAAAAUGGCGGAAAUCGAACCGUGCCUUCCCGGCAAUCACAAACCGAAGGCGAAUGGCAAAAGUAAUCAUAACAAGAGCGAUAAUGCACAGAAGAGUGACGACACUGUCAACAGUGUGAAUUCAAAGGCGUCGAAGAAGUCAACUAACUUCGAUCAGAUAACCGUUCCGCGGAAUGCAUUGACUGAUCUGACACGGAUCGGAAACGGUGAUUUCGGUGAAGUGUUCAUCGGGAAGAUCAAAACCAGUGAAAUUAAGACCAGCGAUGACAGUGCCAAGACAGCAGGAAACGAAAAGCAAAAGCAGAGGUCGAAGACAUCGCUGAACGAAAUCAACGAAAUUAAAGAGGAACCAGAAGCAGAGACUGAAUUUAAGGAGGUUUUGGUGAAGGCUCUGAACAAUGUCAAAGACGAGAGUGUUUGCAUCGAAUUCCGACGACAGAUUGAAAUGUUCCGCGCCAUAUCCCAUCGGAAUGUGACAAAACUGUACGGUCUGUGCCGUGACAAAGAUCCACACUAUUUGGUACUCGAGUACGCCGAUUGGGGUGACUUGAAGCAGUUUUUAAUUUCAACAAGUGACGCUAAUGACUCAACGACAAAGCAACUGAAAAAUCGGGAAAUCUUAUCGAUUGCUCAUCAGAUAGCCCGUGCCAUGGACGCCAUCUAUCGUUCACGAUACAUUCACCGCGAUUUAGCCGCAAGGAAUUGCGUCAUUACGAGCAAUUUGGUCGCAAAAGUCUCCUAUCCGUCGCUGCUGGACACAUACAGCAAAGAGUAUUACAAACACAAAAAUGCUCUGAUUCCGUUGCGUUGGAUGGCACCGGAAUGCUUAGGCGACGACGAUUUUUCGACUAAGAGUGAUGUGUUUGCGUAUGGAGUAUUGGUGUGGGAAUUGUACACUAGAGCUGCUGGUCUCCCGUUGGAGGAACUGACAGACGAUGAGUUCAUGACAUUGGCCAAAGAAAAUAAAUUAGACCGCAAAUUGGCCGAACAAACGCCGACGGAACUGAAAACUAUUCUGACAUCCUGUUGGAACGUGAAUCCCAAAGAGAGACCGUCAUUUAGUCAAUUGUCCACUGUUAUUGGCAAAAGCUUACAAAGUGAAUGUCCGUAGGAAUCAGUGUGUUUUUAAGUUUAAACGAAAAUUACUCUUCAAUGUAAGCGUCACAGUUAAUUUAAUUUAAAUUUAUUAUAUCUUCCGUCGUAUUAUAUAAAAAUGAAUUAAAACUUAAGAAAGGUGCGAGUUCUGUGGGUGUGAGUGUGUUAAAGUGGAGUGAAUGUUGUUGACAGAGAUAGAGAGAGAGAAAGAUUUUUUACUGCGGUAAGAGACCAUAAUGGAAAGUAUAUAAAUCUAACGCAUAAAAUAUUUCAAUGUUGAAAACAUAACAAAUUAUAGGCUUAAGGACCUUAAGUUAAGGUGAGCCAGUUUAUCGAUAUAAUUCACCAUCCUUAUUACUCAUCCAAAAGAUGCUAAGAACAGAAAAUUAAUUAGAACGUAAGCGAAUUUUCAAUUUGAUUAACGACUCAUUGUACAGCUUAUUGUGCAGCUUGCAGGGCUAGUUAUUGGAAUUUUUUUCAGAAUUUUCAAAACUGCCCCAGAAUUUUCUCUGCUUUUUUUUCG